CUUCAAUCGAUUCUUGCAAAGUCUAAAAAGUUCAAAACAUCAAUUCGACAGAAGUGCCAGCGUCCACGUGAUCAACGCGCUAGCGCAAGAGCUCGGCUAGUCUGCUUUCACUUCAACCUCGAAAGAUUGCAUCGUACCAUCAACCAAAACCCUCAAUUGAACCACUAUGUUCCUCUCACGCCCCGCCCUCGCCGCCGCCCGUCGCGCGGCAGCAUCCCCCAUCAUCAAACGCAGCUUCACAAGCUCCUUCGUGCGCCCUGCCCCUACACCAGCGUCCGGCUCCAACGAUGGCAAGAUCAAGAAAUUCGAAGAGAUCAAGAGUGAAUCGGAUCUCGUCGGUCCCGGCGCUGCUGUUGGUGCGGUGCCUACGGAUCUCGAGCAGGCGACGGGCUUGGAGCGAUUGGAGAUCCUGGGGAAGAUGCAGGGCAUUGACAUCUUCGACAUGAAGCCAUUGGAUGCCUCUCGCAAAGGAACGCUCGAUAACCCGAUUGUCGUCAAGAGUUUCGGCGAUGAGCAAUAUGCUGGCUGUACCGGAUACCCCGCCGACUCACACAACACGAUCUGGCUUACGAUGUCCCGCGAUCGUCCGAUUGAGAGGUGCCCUGAGUGUGGAAAUGUUCUGAAGAUGGAAUAUGUUGGCCCGGCUGAGGAUCCACAUGCCCAUGAUCACGGUCACGACGCACACGGACACGGAGAUGGGGUGCACAACUACGAGGGUGAGCCGAAGACGUUUGCCGAUUUCGUUCGCCCGGAAUACAGAUAGGAGGGAUAUACACAUUCGGGGAAGCUACGGGGAAGUUAGACGAACGGAAGGUUGACUGUAGAAUAGUAGUCAAUUGAGAGUUUUGUCUCGUCCAAAUAUGGCAGCAUCUAGUCAACCGGAAGAGUGUACAUCAAAAUGAGACAUAGGAGCACGUGGGGUUGAUUUGCAUCGUAUUAUCUAAGUAAGAGCUCGCGGACUGCGU